UUUCAAAGUAAGAUUGGUCGUUGCUUGCAGCCAUCGAUAUUGCCGACGUCUCGAAAACAUCGAUGACACCGACGUUAGUAUCGAUGUUUCUCCACCACUAGUUGGCAUCUCGAAGCUCGAUAGUUGGCAUGUUACGUGUGUUUUCGGCUUUCUCGCUUCCUUCUCGUUCUCGUUUCCUUCCUCCUUGAUUCCGAUUCCGAAUGUUGUUGCAUUUAGCAGGCAAGUGCUGUGCAACAACAUAACAUCGCAUCCGCUAAAAUCUAAGUAUUAGAAACAUCAAAGCCAAACACCGCGUGCACCCGCAGCUCCAACAACAACAACGUCUUCAGCGCGUUGCAAACACUAAGUGCGGAGUAUUAUCUGUUUUUUUCGCUGCAUUUGCUGACUGUUUCCGCUGACAGCUCCAAAAACAGUGUAAAACAAAAAAAAACACCCGAAAAAAACAAACAAAAGGGGGAAAACGCGUGUGUGCGCGGUCUGUUGCUUAUUUUUUGUGGUUAACAACAACAGACAGAAGUGACGGACAACAGCAACAACAACAACAAGAACGGUUAGCAAUUGGAGCAUCAAAAUGACAUCGAAAAAACGCAAAACCCUUUUGGACGGCGAUGACGAUGAUGAUAAUUUUGAUGAGGACGAUUCGGGCUCCGAUUUCGACGAUGACGAGGAUCCAGAUCAAAUAGAAGUGCCCGGUGGUGGUCGCGAUCUUAACACCGCUGUUACCUACGCCCAAAAUAUCCGUAGCGGAGUGGGCGUGGUUACCAAGGGCGCUACACCCAUACCCAUUAGUGGCGCCAAAAUUGUUAUUGGCAAUAAUAAUAUCAAGCCAAUAUCGCUGUUGCGCAUCAACAACAAUAAUAAUAACAACAAUAUCAACAGUGGCAACAGCAGCAGCAACAACAAAAACAAUAGCAACGGCAACAAUACCGCUGUGCGCCAGAUAAUAACAACAACAACAGCAGCAGCAGCGGCGGUGGGCGGUGCGUCAACAGUUGUGGGCGUGCCACUGGGCGGAAAGAUCACACCGAUACCGAUAAUAGGCAGAAAAGUAGCACUAGAGAAUAAUUUAAACAAUAUGCCAAAGAAACUGAAUAACACGAUAACGGCCAUAGGCAGUCCGGCCGCCAGGAGCAGCGGCAAUGCAGCUGGGUCGGCUGGGGCCACCAGCAGCUAUUUGAACAGCCUCAGCACCAACGAACUGAUGAACCUGGCCGCAUACGUGGCCGCCAAGGGUAGCAACGCCCCACCGCCUCCGCCGCCAUCGACGGCCGCCAAUUCGGUGCGGAGUUCACCGCCGGGCGGCAACAAUCCCGGCGGUGGCAAUUUCUAUGGCGGAGCGGCGGCGUCCACCUCAGCCUCUGCUGCUAAUUUCAAUAUGGCCGCGUCUUUAUUGGCGCAGAUGAGCUAUGCGGGCGGAGUGCCACCCAUUCGGCCGUUCGUUAAGGUGGCCGGAGCAAUCGGGAGCAGCCAGAAGCCGCCGGUGGCCACAUCCGCUGGAGGUGGAUCGUCUGCGGGUGGAGGAGCAGGUGGUGCCGCCGGCGUCAAGGGCAACAAUUCGAUGAUGGAGGCGGUCCAGAAGCUGAUCGCCAUGAAUCCCGAAUACCUAACCAGCGGCAUACCGAACAAUGUAUUCCAGAUGAUCAUGCAGUCGAUGCAGCGUCCGCCCGCGAAUCCGGCGCCCAUGCAGCCGGUGAAUUCCGGUUCCAUGGCGGCCAAUGCAGCUGCAGCGGCGGCGGCAGCAGCGGCCCACGCUUCAGCGGCAGCGGCGGCUUUUGUCCAGCAGGAGGAGGACGAGGUGGACUACGAGGAGAUGGGCGUGGCCGAGACCUAUGCCGACUACUGGCCCGCCAAGUUGAAACUGGGCAAAAAGCAUCCGGACGCCGUCGUGGAGACCGCCUCGCUGAGUUCAGUGGAGCCCUGCGAUGUAUACUACAAGCUGUCCCUGCCGCACGAGACGAUAAACAGUGGACACCUGAGCGCCCUGCAGCUGGAGUCCAUCACGUACGCCUCCCAGGCGCACGACCACCUGCUUCCGGACGGCAGUCGGGCCGGAUUCCUCAUCGGAGACGGCGCCGGCGUGGGCAAGGGUCGCACCAUUGCCGGCAUAAUCUACGAGAACUAUCUGAAGGGGCGCAAGAAGGCGCUGUGGAUAUCCGUGUCCAAUGAUCUCAAGUACGAUGCCGAACGUGAUCUCAGCGACAUUGGAGCCACGCGGAUCGAUGUGCAUGCCCUCAACAAGUUUAAGUACGCCAAGAUAAGCUCUGAUGUGAACAACAACUGCAAGCGGGGCGUGAUCUUCAGCACAUAUUCGGCACUGAUUGGCGAGUCCAACAACAAGACGGGCAAGUACCGAUCGCGAUUCCGCCAGCUGCUGCAAUGGUGCGGCGAGGACUUCGAGGGUCUGAUCAUCUUCGACGAGUGCCACAAGGCCAAGAACCUGUGCCCCGUGGGCUCCGGCAAGCCCACGAAGACGGGCCAGACCGUGCUGGAGCUGCAGCAGAAGUUGCCCAAGGCUCGGGUGGUGUAUGCAUCCGCAACGGGUGCCUCCGAGCCCAAGAACAUGGCCUACAUGGUGCGACUGGGUCUCUGGGGCCAGGGCACGGCCUUUGGCAACUUUAAUGACUUCAUCACGGCCGUGGAGAGACGCGGUGUGGGUGCCAUGGAGAUCGUGGCCAUGGACAUGAAGCUGCGCGGCAUGUACAUUGCGCGCCAGCUGAGCUUCAAGGGCGUCAGCUUCAAGAUCGAGGAGGUGCCGCUCUCGAAGGAGUUUCGCAAGAUCUACGAUCAGUCCGUGGAGCUGUGGGUGGAGGCCAUGCAGAAGUUCACCGAGGCGGCCGAGCUGAUCGAUGCCGAGAGCCGCAUGAAGAAGACGAUGUGGGGCCAGUUCUGGUCGUCGCAUCAGCGCUUCUUCAAGUACCUUUGCAUCGCGGCCAAGGUUAACCACGCGGUGCUGGUGGCCCGCGAGUCCAUCAAGUAUGGCAAGUGCGUGGUCAUCGGUCUGCAGUCCACGGGCGAGGCUCGCACAUUGGAUCAGCUGGAGCGGGACGACGGCGAGCUGACCGACUUUGUGUCCACGGCUAAAGGUGUCUUUCAGUCUUUCGUGGAGCGCCAUUUUCCGGCGCCCGAUCGCAAUCGCAUCAAUCGCAUUUUGGGCCUCUACGAUGAGACACCCUCGCAGUUGUCCAUCGCCGAUUCCACCUCCAGUUUGGGCAACAACAACAACAACUCCUCGGCGGCUGGUGGCAAACGGAAAGGAGCAGCAUCGGGUGGCAAUGACAACGGAUCCUCUGCGGCGGGUGGCAAGUCCAAGAAGAAGAAACGCAGUGGAUCCUGGCAAUAUAGCGAUAGCGACGACGACGAGGACACGGCCAGGAAGCGCGCUCGAAAGCGGGAUGGGGGCGUCAACUCCAACAGCGACAGCGACGAGGCGAACAGCGAUGAUGAGUUCCGCAGCGAUCUGGAUGACGAGAACGAGGACGACGAGGAUCACGACGAGGACAGCGAUCGGCGGAGUGUGGCCAGCGAUGCCAGCUCCGACUUCAAUCCCUUCUUCAGCGGCAGCGACAGUGACAUCGAUCCCUGGGUGAAUGCGCGCAGCAAAAAGUCCACCAAGAAGACCCAGAAGAAGACCAAAAAGAAGGUGAAAAAGGAUAAGGAGAAGGAGAAGCAGCCCAAAAAGGAGGCCACCCCAUCGAGUUCGGGCUCAACCGGUGGCGAUGCCAGUGGCAGUGUCACAACGGCCAUGUCUGCCACCGUGGUGGCCGCUCUAAAUGCGGCCAAGACCCGCAAGUCGCAGCUCUCCACGCAGGACAAGAUCCAGGAUCUGCUGCAGAAGAAGCAGGAGCUCAAGGGCACCGUCACGCCGGUGGGCGUCAAUGGGGUCAAGCUGAAUUACGGUCCGCCGCCCAAGGAUGCCAUCGAGCGGGCCUGCACGAUGAAGGAGGAGCUUCUGCGCAAGAUCGAGCGCCUGGGCUCCCGCCUGCCGCCGAACACGCUGGACCAGCUGAUCGACGAGCUGGGCGGCCCGGACAACGUGGCCGAGAUGACGGGUCGCCGCGGUCGCGUCGUGCAGAACGACGAGGGCAACAUCCAGUACGAGUCCCGCACCGAAUCGGACGUCCCGCUGGAAACGCUGAACAUCACGGAGAAGCAGCGCUUCAUGGACGGCCAGAAGGAUGUGGCCAUCAUCUCGGAGGCGGCGUCUAGCGGCAUUUCCCUGCAGAGCGAUCGGCGCGUCUUCAACCAGCGGCGGCGAGUGCACAUCACCCUGGAGCUUCCCUGGUCGGCCGACAGGGCCAUCCAGCAGUUCGGACGUACCCAUCGAUCCAAUCAGGUGAAUGCUCCCGAGUACAUCUUCCUCAUCUCGGAUUUGGCUGGUGAACGACGUUUCGCCUCGACGGUGGCCAAGCGUCUGGAAUCGCUGGGCGCGCUCACCCACGGCGAUCGCAGGGCCACGGAGACCAGGGAUCUCUCCCAGUUUAAUAUCGACAACAAGUACGGUCGACAGGCCCUGGAGACGGUGAUGCGCACCAUAAUGGGCUACGAGUCGCCGCUGGUGCCGCCGCCCACGGACUACAGCGGCGAGUUCUUCAAGGACAUUGCCGGCGCUUUGGUCGGCGUGGGCAUAAUCGUGAACAGCGAGAGUCAUCCGGGUGUACUCAGUCUGGACAAAGACUACAACAACAUAUCAAAGUUUCUCAAUCGCAUCUUGGGCUGUCCGGUGGAUCUGCAGAAUCGGCUGUUCAAGUACUUCACGGACACCAUGACUGCGAUUAUCCAGCAGGCGAAGCGCGGCGGUCGCUUCGACCUGGGCAUUGUGGAUCUGGGAGCUGCCGGCGAGAAUGUGACCCGGUGCCGGCUCAUUCGGUUCGUGCGCAAACAUGCCACUGGAGUGGCGCCCACUGAGAUGCACACGGUGCGAGUGGAGCGUGGCAUGAUCUGGCAGGAGGCCAUUGAUAAAUAUGCCGAUCUGUUCAAUGACAACGAGGGCUUCUACCUGUCCCACCAGCUGCGCAACCAGAAGCGCACCGCCAUCAUGGUGGUGAUCCUGGAGCAGCAACCAGCGCGCAACAGCAGCUCGACGAGCAGCACCGCCGCCGACUCGGAUGGCGGCAAGAAGAAGAAGUCACGCAGCAAAAAGGAGAUCAUGUGCCAGAUCUACCGACCGAACACCGGUCUCCAGGUGCGCCACGAGUCGCUGUUCGAGCUGGAGAAGAAGUAUCGCAAGGUGGCCAGCGAGGAGGCGGAGCCCCACUGGACGGAGCAGUACGAUGCGUCGGUGAACACCUGUUCGCACGCCUACUGGAACGGCAACUGCAGGAAUGUGAGCCUGGGCAACGACUGUGAGGUGGGUCUGCGUCAGCGCUUGUACCACGUUCUGGCCGGAUCCGUGCUCUCCGUUUGGGGUCGCGUGGAGCACAUACUGAAUACACGUUCCAAUAGCAAGAUGCAAGUGAUACGGAUGAAGACAACCGAGGGUGAGAAGAUCGUGGGCACCUUGAUACCCAAGUCCUGCUUCGAGCCGUUGGUGGCCGAUCUGCGUAGCGAUUCGGAGAAACAGGAAGAGUUUAACUACUAAGUUGUGUUGUGUGAUUUCGGUAUGGCUUAUUUUUUGAGACCGCUCGUUCGCUCCCGCUCCCCCCGUAUCUUCCAAACCGAGGCCAAGCAAUAUUUAAAUCCACAGCGGAUGGUAGGGAGCAGGAUAGGCUUUAACGUAAUAUAUAUAGGUAUAUAUAUAUAUAUAUAUAUAUAUAUAUAUAUAUAUAUAAAUACAAUUAUAAAUAAACUUAACUACAUAGCGUAUGUGUAAAAGUACAUGAAUUGUAAGGCUCCAGGACAGCAUCAAGUUUUUUUUUUGUCUUAAUUUUAAAUAGAAAUAGACUUAACCGUGUACAACCCAAAACGCACGUACAUAGCAACCCAUCCAUGAUAGAAAUCAGACUUUGGCUCGUCAUAGCUCAUAACCAUAAACCAUAAAAACACCUAAAACUCACCCACAUACAGACACCCGCGCAACGGAAUGAUAAAAAGAUAUAUAAAGAGAACGAAAUGAAAACGCUUAAAAAUGGACUUUCUCAAUGAUUUAAAUAUUAAGUUUAAUUACGGUUUAAGUUAACGCCUACGUUUACACACACAAUAAACCGCCACAUUUUGUAAACUAUUUAUUAUUAUUACUAUUAUUAUAUAUAUAAAUACGUUUUUUAAUUGUUUUUAUUGUAACACUCUUAAGAUCCUUUCGAUGGCUGCAGCGCAGCGCAGCAAAGCGAAAACCAACCCAAACCCCAAGCUAAGGCAUUUUUUUUUGUAAUCAAACAAAACUGCUGUUUGUAAUUAGGUAUUUACUUGUAAUGACUAAACUUAAGUUAAGCCAACAGACAUUGAGAGGCAUCUGAAGAGCAGAUAAAUGUUCGCAGGAAACUCAUGUGAAUGACUUGUGCACGCAUACGUACAAUUAAUAAAUAUAAAUGUGCGGAUUUAA